AUGACUUCAACAUCAAUUAGUGCAGCGACAACUCCUACACCCGAGUCUGUUGAGACAAUUUUUUUUAAAAUAACAAGUCCAAUACACAAAAGCGCAGAUCCAAAUUUAAUAAAUACAUUUUGUUCGAAAGUUAACUCAGAACCUGAGGGACAUCAUCAAGCUAUUCGUUUGAUUGCUCACAAAAUUCAAUCACCCCAGGAACACGAAGCACUACGUACUUUAGAAUUACUCGAAGUGUGCGUUCAGAGUUGCGGAAGACGAUUUCAUCAAGAAAUUGGCAAAUUUCGCUUUCUUAAUGAAAUGAUUAAACUAGUUUCACCCAAAUAUUUGGCGAAUCAUACGUCAGAAAAAGUCAAGAGAAAGGUCGUUGAACUUCUGUACUCUUGGACACAGAGUAUACCGAGUGAAGUGAAGAUAGUUGAAGCGUAUCAAAUGUUGAAACGACAGUCAAUAAUCACAGAAGAUCCGGUGUAUUUGAAUAAAACUGCAACAGCGCCAGCACCGCAGAAAACAAAAUCAAUAUUUGAUGCAGAUGAAGAGAAAAGCAAAAUGCUUCAACGAUUGCUGAAAAGUCGACGACCAGAAGAUUUGGAACAAGCAAAUGCAUUAAUAAAAAGUUUUGUCAAAAAGGAUGAGGAAAAGAUCGAGAAAUUAUCAACACGUGCGUGUGAAUUAGAAAAAGUGAACAACAAUGUUCGUGUUUUAUCCGAAAUGUUAAUUCAUUAUAAUCAAACCACGGUCACUGAUGCUGAAAAGGAAACAAUGAUUUAUUUGCAUGAUGAAUUGGAAAAGUUACGGCCGAUUUUAUUUCGAUUAGCGACUGAAAGUGAAGAUGGUGAUGAAGGACUCGGAGAAAUUCUAUUAGCGAGUGAUUCGUUGUCACGUGUCUUAGCGCAAUAUGAUCGAUUAGUUCGUCAAAAUGCAAAUGCAAAAGAUGAUAAUGUUCUGCCUCUGUUCGAUGAUGUUCCACCAGCUCCUACAGUGUCUAUUCCACGAACAUUGAUCGAUCUAGCUGGAAGUUCAACGACAUCAAGGGAAACUAAAUCGGCUGCUAAUGAACUUGAUGAAUUAUUCGGUUCGUUAACUGUCAUGCCUGACAGUAAACCACCUUCAGUAUCAUCAGCGCAGAAUGAACCUGAUGAUUGUUUACCAUUGUUUUCGACCGCGAGUACAAAAGCAACUAAUCCAACAGCAUCAAAUACACAUGAAGUAGCAACGCCAAGUACGACAAAAAAAGGUGGACUAUUUGACGAUUUACAAGAUCUUUUGGUCGAUCAGUCUACAGGCCAGAAAAUUUCGUCGACUAGAAAUACAUUUCAAUUUACCAGUUCUACAAGUAAUAAAACUCCAUUGAAUGAAAUCAAGCCUACCCCUCCAACCAAAGCUUCGGAAAUUGAAUUACCAUUCCCAACCAUUAGUCUUGAAUCCAUUCGUCCUUCAUCAGAAAAUCCACCCAUAACUCUCAAACUAACUCGCAGUACUGGUCUUCAAUGUGUUCUUCAUAUUGCGCGUGAUUCUCCUCGUCGUGAUCUUAUUGUUAGUGUCUUAACUGUUACUAAUACAAAUACAUCCAAUUCAGUUACUAACUUUCAUUUCGAAGUCACCGCACCGAAAAGUAUGCGUGUCAAAUUACAAAGCCCAUCCGGCAGUGAUUUACCUGCCUACAAUCCAAUUUUACCUCCACAAGCCAUCACACAAAUUUUAGUUGUUUCCAAUCCGAAUAAGGAAUCUGUUCGACUUAGUUACAAACUAAGCUAUUAUUCAUCAGAAGAACAAAUAAAUGAAUCGGGUGACAUAGACAAUGGAUUUCCCAGUUCGGUUGAUCUUAUUUAA